AUGGAUUUAUUUUCAUUUAAAAACUUUCUUUUGUUUAAGGUUUUAUCCAUUUAANAUUCUAUUAAAAAGGAUUAAACAGUUCUAUCUGAAUCACUUGUUAAUGUUUUAAAAGCUCUAUCAGUAGCUAUUUCAGAUAUGGGAUAUUGUCAAGGUUUAAAUUUCUUAACUGCUGCUCUUAUCAUGGUUACUAAUGAUGAUAAUGUAAUAAUCCUACAUAUUUUAAGGCCUUUUGGAUUCUCUAUCGCUUAAUGACCCAUUAUAAUUUAACAGCUAAAUAUAAAAAUCCUAAUUCUCUUUAUAGAGAAUUCUACAUUCUUGAUAAUUUGAUAUCAUAAUAUCAUCCCAAUACUUCUAAAAUACUUAAACGUCAUAAUAUUGAUUUAUUCUUUUUUACUACUGAAUGGUUCUUUCUUAUUUUAUUAUUCUUAGGUUUAUUACAAUGUUCUCAACUGCAUUACCAAUUAAUCUAUUUUAUAGAAUCUUUGAAAUCUUCUUAAUUGAAGGAGAAAAAACGCUUUUUAGAUGUGCAUUAACAAUAAUUCAUUACAAAGAAUAAAAACUUAUUCAAUUAAAUGAUUUUGAAGAAGGACUUUAAUUUCUAAAGUCCUAUCUUGAUUUACAACUAUUAGAUACUAAUUAAUUUAUUAAUAUUAUGUUAAAGAAUUACAAAUUUUCCAAAACUAUCAUUCAACAAUUAGAUAUAAAGUAUAAAAAAAAUUAAAAAUGA